AUGUGAAAUAAGAAUUUGUUUAUACAUUCUACUGCGCGAUUAUCUAUUUGUUCAUACACAAAUGUAAAAUAAUUAAGUCCGAUAGUUACAUAUAUAAUAAAUUUAAACGUUCUUUUCUUUUCUUUCUUCUUUCUAUGGCUAUACACCCAAAGGGGCAAAUAGUGCGAAUACACCCAUACGCCAGUACUAGAGGAGUCAACGGCUACGCUACGUUGAAACUUGAAAGCACCAGUUCCCGUUCGCUCACUGAAGUUGAGCAACGUUGGGCACGGUCGGACCUCGGUUGAGUUCCCGCCGUGUGCUGUUGUCCGGGGUAGGGGGGAUUUUGUCGUUUGCUGUAUACCCGUAUUGUUUGCUUUCCGUGGGGACAAGUGUCUCCUUGUUUGUUUUUUGGCCGUAUCGAACCCGAGUGGUAUCGGGAGCCAUUUUUUCUUAGAAGAAGCCAGUACUAGAGGAAAUUUGAACGUCUUUUCUACACCACGGUCACGGCGAUGUAAGAAGAUCUAAUUUGGCUGCCAUUUUUGGAUUGCAGUCAAAACUUACGGAUUCGCAAUCUAACAAGCAAAUGGUUUCUAAAAAGAACAAUACUCAAUAUAAUAUACAGCAAGCUACACCAUCUUCUAAAACAGAAGUUCUGAUAGCUAAAGCUGUACAUGUUUUUAAAUUGCAAAAUGGUACAUAUCGUUCCAUCGGAAAGCUUGGUAUGGCGUUAACGGGCAACGUAACAACAAGAAUGUAUCAAAUAAUUUUGUAUAGAAGCAAACAAGACUACAUAUCCGUUGCCACAGUGACGCGUGACUUUGUGUAUACUGUACAAGCAAACAAUUAUGUUAGUUAUUAUGAUAAUAACAAAGAGAAUUGGUCAAUCUUAUUCGAGAACAAUGACAGUUACCUCGAGUUUGCGAUAGAAGUAGGAUUGGCACGUUACUUUGCGGUACAAGAGAAAGGGGAAAACGUGAUUUACCAGGAUCUGAGCCAGAGCGAUAAAGAUGUGAUCGCGAAGGAAGGAGACGACGUAUCGAUCAAGUAUUUCGUCGGAACUGAAAUAGUGCAACCAUUCAAAACCAAUUUUGUGAUGUCGCAAAUGAUGACGGUGGAGAUCUCAACGGAUGAGAAUUGGGAGAGAAUCCUCCUGGGCAGCGGCAAGGGUCUGAAGAGGACCUUGUUCUUACCUCCCAGCAAACAGAUCAGUUUAGGUCCUGGAUUCCCGAAGGAGAGAGAUAUCAUGAUGAUAAUAGAGGUAACCGAUAUACGAUCUCCAGAAAAACACCCGCCCGUAUCUAAGCCUCCAACGAGCGGAAAAGCUGCCAUAAUAUCCAGGAUGGCCAAGAUGGGUCAGUCCAUUCUACCAAAACUGCCUCUGCCAUCCACCACUGACUCCGAGGAUACCGAGGAUGACGUGCCUCACAAAUCUCUCCGUCACAAACGGACAGAACAGUCGGAAGUAGCUUCGCAGAAAAACUUGCAGGAAUCAUCGGAAGAAAAGAGAACCACUCAGAAGAAUUUCGAGUCGAGAAGUCUCUCCGAUGUGCCUUCUGUAGAUUCUCUGUACAAGCCGUUGGUCGCUGCGUCUCCAUUAACACCACAGUGGGCUCCACCGUAUUUUGCUGGACAUUACGUAACUAUGGACAAUCAACUUCCGUAUUCUAUAGCACAAACUGUAAAUCGCGCAGUACCAGCCGCUCUAGAUCCCGGGGUUAACAUGUUGCUAUCAGAAACCAGAAUAGCGAACGCGGAAAUACGGAUGGGAAUGUCCAAGAUAUCCGAUAACGUUCAGAAACUAUUAGAUAAGUUCCAUGCACUCGAGCUUCAGAAAGCAACAACUCCCACGACAAGCGAUAAAGCAGCUAUAGAUGCUUCUUGGAAAAUGUUUUUGGCUCUUAAUACAUCGCAAAAGGAAGCAAGCAGCGAAAUACCAAAGAAUAUCGAUAAAAAUAUACCCGACGAGAAAGUUCAAGAGGCACAAAACAGAAUAAGUACUUUGGAAAAUAAUCUGAAGAAAUCAAACGAGGAGAAAGAAUCAUUGUUGCAAGUCAAUAAAGAUCUUAAUAAAAAGCUGCAGGAAUUGGAGAUAAAACUAACUAAUGUAAAUGACGAAUUGAGAAAGACCAAAGAAAAUUUCGAAGCAGCGGAAAAUACAAUUAAACAAUACAAAGAAGAGAAAGUUAUUUUGGAAAAUAAGUUAUCUAAGAGCGAGCAUUUGUCUGAAGAGCGUUCUUCUCAAGUUGAUACAGUAUCGUCGAAGAAAGACAUUGAGAAGAAGAACAAAGCAAUUAAACAGAUAAUGAACAAAACAUAUCAUACAUUAUCAGAAAGACUUGCCAGCAAAUCGCAUUCUGAACUAACUUUCGAUUAUGUAAAGUCAACUAUUGCGAAUACGAUAAAGCAUAUCACUUUACAAGUGUUGUAUGAAGAUCCUGAGGAAGAAAAUGAAAAAUCCAAAGCAAGUAAGAACGCAAAGUCUACAACUGUUAAAGCUGUUGACCAGCAAACUCAGGAACAAACCGAGAGACGAAUGUUAAAUUCAUCUAAUGAUGAUUUUUUGACGAGACAUACCGAAACCUCGAAAUCCGCUAAUCUGAUUAUGCCUAUAUUUGAAAAUGAACCACCACCUGUUCCACCUGAUGGCAUCGACGAAAUCGAUAGCGACUUGAGUGAUUGAUCCAAAUAAUUUGUUUUUUUUAAUUUGUCGUCUUAUACUGGAAGAGAUACUUCGCAAUAUUUACUAUUUAAUAUAUUUGUAAACAUACAUACAGGCCAUGCCUAACAUGCAAUCUAAUUUUUCUUCUAUUUGUAAUAAACAAACGUGUGAUGAAUCUUUUGUAUAGUCAAAUUUUCAGAAUUAAUAAAACAUAUUUUUAU